AUGUACGCCAAGGUCGAAACGGAGCGUCUCAAUUUCAUUCGCUUCAAUCAGUCAAAGUUACGAUCAGACGAGUACAUCCACUUGCGUGAUGCCAUCGCUACCGAAGGAGAUGCGGCCAACAUUGGUCGUUUGACUAUUCUCCCAACUACUCAUAUUGGAAGCCCGCGCCACAUGCAUGAAUAUGCUCAAGAUGCGAUGACGUACGUGUGGAAUUACAGACGCCCUGAUUUUUUCAUCACGUUUACUUGCAAUCCGAAAUGGCCCGAAAUUACAAAUCAGUUGCCGACAGGACAAACACCAAGUGAUCGACAUGACAUCACUGCACGAGUAUUCAAACAAACGAUUGUAGUACUCAUGAAUUACAUCGUUAAGCAGAAGGUCUUUGGCGCAAUCCGUUGUUGGAUGUACUUGGUUGAAUGGCAGAAGCGUGGUUUACUACAUGCGCACAUUCUGCUUUGGUUGUUUGACAAGGUCCGACCAGAUCAUAUUGAUUCGAUCAUUUCUGCCGAAAUACCAGAUCCAGAAACAGAUCCUGAACUGCAUUCUGUUGUGACAACGAACAUGAUACAUGGCCCUUGCGGAGCUCAGAAUCCUGGGUCACCGUGCAUGCAAAACGGAAACUGCACAAAGCGUUUUCCGCGUCAGUUUGUGGCUGACACAAUCAGUGGAAUCGACGGAUAUCCAUUGUAUCGGCGUCGUUCUCCAGAUGACAACGGCAGAUCAAUCAUAAUGAAAGUCAAAGGAAAAGAUGUCGUCGUUGAUAAUCGCUGGAUCGUUCCAUAUUGUCCACUUUUGUCGAAAACGUUCUCAACUCACUGCAAUGUUGAGUAUUGCAACUCCAUAAAAUCUAUCAAAUAUGUUUGCAAAUAUGUGAACAAAGAGAGUGACAUGGCUGUGUUUGGCAUUGCUGAUCCAAAUGCAAACGAUGAGGUGAUGAAAUUUCAACUUGGACGUUACGUGAGUUGUAAUGAGGCAAUUCGGCGGCUGUUUUCAUUUACAAUUCAUGAACGUCACCCGACUGUCGUACAUUUGGCAGUUCACUUAGAAAACGGCCAGCGUGUAUACUUUACGGAAGCGAACGCAGCGCAAAGAGCAGAACGACCACCAGUGACAACAUUGACAAAUUUUUUUUCGACAUGCGAAAGCGAUCUGUUCGUGAGGACUUUACUAUAUUCGGAAAUGCCAAGCUAUUAUACAUGGAAUGCUGCAUCAAAGAAUUUUCAACGCAAGAAGAAAGGUGAUGCUGUUGCUGGCUUUGCUGAUGUCUAUUCGUCUGAUGCCCUCGGACGAAUAUACACAGUUCAUCCACGCCAAGACGAAUGA